AGUCCUCAUAUGGAUCACCACACCCAGCCUGGAGCAAAUCCGGAUCGCCUCUGCCAUGGGCGUCCCUGUCGUCCUCCCUCUCAGCCAGCUCAGCACCGGCGCAGAAGAGGGAAAGCUCAAUAUCGCCGACGCCUUCCUCGCCCCAGUUAUCAGUGACCGACCCGACGGAUUGAUUCCCACGAUCGUCAGUGCCUACCCUCAAGGCGGCCGCGCGCUCGGGCUGGUCUACUCCUCCCGUGCCAGUGUAAAGGAAGCACUUCUCACCGGGAAGGGCACGUAUUUCAGCAGGAAACACGGGCUUUGGAGGAAGGGAGAGACGAGCGGUGCCACGCAGGACGUGGUCUCUAUCAAGGCGGACUGUGAUGCCGACUGUUUGGAGUUCAUGGUCAUGCAGCAUGGUGCUGGGUUCUGUCAUUUGGCAACGCCGAGCUGUUUCGGUCCUUGGACGGGAAUCGCCGCUCUGGAGGAAACAUUGAGCUCGCGGUUCGCCAGUGCGCCAGAAGGCAGUUAUACGGCAAGGCUGUUCAACGACCCCGAUCUCUUGAAGAGCAAGAUCAUGGAAGAAGCGGACGAACUGUGCCGUGCGGAAAGCAAGGAAGAGGUGGCGUUCGAAGCUGCGGACCUGAUAUACUUCGCUCUGGCGAAAUGUGUGAGUCGGGGUGUGGGUGUGAAGGAGAUAGAGGCGAGCUUGGAGAGGAAGGCGAAGAAGGUUACGCGAAGGAAGGGGGAUGCUAAGCCCCAGUGGGCACGGACGACUGGGGACAAUGACAAGACACCGGCUGCUGCUGAGAAGACCAUAUCCGCCCCAGAGAAGACACCGGACGCGCCUAUCCAGAUGCGCACGUACGACCUCGCCCUCCUUUCCCCUCCCGAACGGGCGGCGCUGCUUAAACGCCCUACGCUCAAGAGCGAGGAGAUGAUCGCCCGAGUGCGUCCGAUUGUGGAUACUGUACGCACGCGUGGGGAUGCUGGGCUGAAAGAGCUCACGAAGAAGUUCGACAAGGCCCUCCUGGAGGAAGUCAUCCUCUGCCCUCCUUUCUCUCCGGAGAGCGUGCGCCUACCAGAAGAGGUCAAAGCUGCCAUCGACCAGGCGUAUAAGAAUGUCUACGCCUUCCACGCUGCGCAAGUAGACAAGGUCCCUCUAGAAGUAGAGACGAUGCCCGGCGUCGUCUGUUCGCGCUUUGCCCGCCCGAUCGCCCGCGUAGGGGUCUACGUCCCAGGGGGCACAGCCGUCCUCCCCAGCACCGCGCUCAUGCUUGGCAUCCCAGCCCAAGUCGCAGGGUGCAAGGAGAUCGUACUCGCUACCCCUCCCAGGCCCGACGGCAGCAUCGUACCCGAAGUACUCUACGUCGCGCAGCUCGUUGGCGCUACGUGUAUCCUCAAAGCCGGGGGUGCGCAAGCGGUUGCAGCCAUGGCGUACGGAACAGAGACGUGUCCGAAGGUGGACAAGAUCUUCGGACCGGGCAACCAGUGGGUCACAGCGGCGAAGAUGCUUGUGCAGAAUGACACGGAAGCACUGGUGGGGAUCGAUAUGCCCGCAGGACCGAGCGAGGUGCUGGUCAUAGCGGACUACACAGCUGACCCGGAGUUCGUCGCUGCAGAUCUGCUAAGUCAGGCAGAACACGGCGUCGAUUCCCAGGUCGUGCUCGUCGCUGUCGACUUAUCAUCCGAGCAUCUGCAAGCUAUAGAAGUAGCCGUAGAUCGCCAGGCACGCGCACUCCCCAGAGUGGAGAUCACGCGCGUCUCAAUAGGCAAGAGCUUGAUUGUCAGGGUGAAGACCGUACGGGAGGCGAUCUCAUUCUCGAACGAGUAUGCCCCGGAGCACCUGAUCCUGCAUCUAGAGAAGGCGGAGGAAAGCGUAGGCUCUGUGCUUAAUGCCGGGAGCGUGUUUGUUGGCGCUUAUUCGGCUGAGAGCUGUGGGGACUACGCCUCCGGGACGAAUCACACAUUGCCAACAAACGGCUUCGCACGCCAAUACAGCGGGGUCAACACCCAGAGUUUCCAGAAACACAUCACGUCGCAGCGUAUUACCCCCCAGGGCCUGGGCGUGCUGGGCCCGGUGGUGGUGACGCUGGCGGAAAGGGAGGGACUGGAGGCGCACGCGAAUGCUGUUAGGGUUAGGUUGGCGAAGUUGGGGGUAUGAACGGG